AGGUUCUGACCGUCAGCGGGCCACUGCUAUCCGAGCAGGCCGUCGCCAUGAGCUGGGUGGCGACACAGUUUGCGGGCUACAGCUGCGAGUUCUCGCCUUUCCAGGGCAACCUGCUAGCGGUCGGCACCGCCCAGUACUUCGGCAUUGUGGGCAACGGGCGCCUGCACGUCUACGACAUCCAUGGGCCAGGAGGCAAUGUGGUGCCCGUGUGCGAGUGGAUCACGAAGGACGGUGUCUACGACACCGCGUGGAGUGAGGCCAAUGAGCACGUGCUAGCGACGGCCCAGGGAGACGGCACUGUCAAGCUCUUCGACUGGACCAGGCCGCACGGCCCCAUCAUGUCCCUCGAGGAGCACACGGCAGAGG